AGUAGCUUUUUUUAGGGAGAACCUGGGUGGAGGAUCGGGAGGGUCGUGGGAACGCGCCGUGGCUUGCAUAGCCCAGGAAUGCAGCCAGGAUUGGCUCCGAAAGUGCGGGAGAGAAUCAGUAGGGGGACUUGCCGGGAAUGGAGGGGAUUGGGAAGAGGGCGGAUGUACCCCAGAGUUGAUAUUUCUAAAAUAUAUUUUCAAAACACGCGCAGGAACCCCAGAUUUCACUGCCCCGUGGGACAGAAGAAGAGGAGGCUUGCAUCACCGACCCAGCCUGGGCAGCUAAAGGUCUGGGCUGGGUGGUUUUAUCAAGAGUGCCUGCCAUCCUCUGCAUCUCGUUCAGAAGCAGGGCUUUGAAAGGAAGAGAUUUGGGUUCCUGAUCCCUUUGCUUUUCGGAUUUUCCCCAUGCACGAUUUGCAAACCUCCCAACUUCUACUUAAGGAAAUUCCCUUCUAGAUUGGUGGGAACCGAAGUGGAAGUAACCAGGGGUUACUAAGGGAACUCGAAUAACUAUAGACUAGCUUGCUAAAGCUUGUGUCAGCUCCAAAUUCCUCCAAUCAACAUAGUCCCUUUGACUAGGCAAGGCUGGGUGAAGACAAUGAUAUCAUCAUGUGGUGGUGUUUUUUGCUGAAUCUAAUAACUGGACAUCUAAACAUAUCUACAUGAAGAUAAAAUUGCAGUGAUUGCAAUGACAGUUUCUAAACACAUUGACUUGGAAGAAUAAUAAUCAACUUACUUGAUUUAAGAAUAACUUUUGAAUUAUAUACAAUACCAAGGAUAAAUACUAGCAAGGGCAUAAAGAAGAGAAUGGCUGGUGACUAUGAUUUUUUAAAAAGUCUGCAGAAUAACUUGCAAGAACUGAACCACCUCCGGGCAAAAUACUUAACAUCAACGAAAAGUCCAUCAUCUGCUGGGAUUGAGUCGUUUCAUGAUCAACAACAACUGCCAGGGGAGAAAAUGAGCAUCCAGUCAUUUGCUCCUAGGAAGAGUAUUCGUCAUCGUAAUCCAUAUUGGCCUGAUGAAGAAAUACGGACCUUCAUUGAGAUCUGGGGUGAUGACCAAGUCCAAGCCUCACUGGCCACCAACUUUCGCAAUGAGGCACAGUAUGAGUGGAUCUCUGAUAAGAUGCGAGGAUAUGGCUAUGACCGGGAUAUGAAGCAGUGUCGCUUGCGUGCCAAGGAGCUUCGGCGAGGAUACAAGGCAAUUGUUUGUGGAAACAACUCUUCUGUGAGUGGUCAACGUGCCUUGCCAUUUUAUGAUUCCUUGAACAGUUUCCUGUGCAUGCACAAGGGUCUUGUGGUGUCCAAAGUUUCUCUAUCUAUAGAUAGGAGGAAUCGUGAAGUCCAAAAAUUGGGCUUGGAGCAAGAAAAAAAUGAAAAGCUAAGUGUUGUCUUGGUUUCUGAUGAUGAUGAAGCAUCCAUCCCAGAACCUACAGAUGACUCCAAUGGCUAUUUUCAAGAUGCACGGAUGGAUUCUGAACCUGUACAUGUCCAGUCUCCAGGUGAUGAAUGGGAACCGCAUGGAGAAGAUGGCCUUCUUGCGAGAGAUGUGGCUUCACCUAGUUUCCCUAAUACAAGAGGAGAUGGUCAUUCUGUCAGUUCAGGCCCAUCCGGCACUUUUUCCAGGGCAUCCCUGGUUGAUGCUGACAGAAUAAGCAACAACCACUGGAAUAGGAAACAGAGGAGACAAACUGAAACUACUUCAGACAUAGUAGAUGCCAUUUCCCAAGUGGGUGACAGACUGGUAAAUGCUCUAUCUGAUUUGCACUCAAAACACAGCGAAACCUCUGAACUUGCACAGAGUAGAGCAUGUGACUCCCAUAAAGAGGAAUUUACCAUACUUGCCAAUCAUGUAAAUCAGGCUGCUCAAAAUGUGGACAAACUGAUUGCCCUCAUGGAAACGUCUACCAGGAGGAUAGCAGAUGCCAUGGACAGACAGACAGUUGCCUUAGAGAAUCUGGCACAAUUGUUUGCUGCAAGAGCACCAACAAUUUCAGUGCCCUUGAUAUCACAGGAGCAGUCUUUGAUGGUGUCUCCUCCCAGAAUUGUUUUGUCGGUCCCCUCACUCCCAGCAGAAUUAUACAAUACUGUGAACACUUUAACAGGAAAUCGCACUUCUAAUCAGAAAGCACAAGAUUUGCCUGCUGAAGACUGUCAACCAGUGGCAAAGAAAAUAAAAACAGAAGAAGACUUAAUAUAAUUUGUUCAGAAAUCCUCAGAUGUUCUGUUCUCUCAUAAGAUGAACAUUCGUCCUUAUUCGCUCAUUUUUUCAAAGGCAGUUGGGAAAAUCAGGAAAGUGGAUGGUAUAAGAAAUAUUGUGGCGUGUUUAUUUUUUUUAAUAAAAAGAUUUUUAGCUGGAGCAAUAUAUUUGUAGGUGGAUUUAUAUAUAGUUUGGAAGGAUGAAUGCUGCCCGUUGUGAUGAAAUUGUACGGUUCAUUGGCAUUCCAUUCUGUAGCUUGAUUUCUGUUCUGCUGCUUAAGUAUGCAACAGGCUUAUUUGGACAUAAGAUACUAGGUUUUAUUUCGGAUUGUGACUGUGGUCAGGAUGUUGGCUUUGGACCUAAAGAACAUACUCAGAAUUUAAGCACAGCUAUGAACAUAUGAUGGCUUUUAGUAGAUUCUACUGAGACACAAUUUUUUGAUCUCUAGAUGGGUAAUACAAAUGACUUACAUCAUUUGGUGAUUCAAAGAUAAACCAUUUUAAAAAGUUGUGAAUCAUUAUGCACAUUUUCACUGGCAUAGAAAAUAAGAAAGAGUAGAGAACUCUUUGUGUGAUAGAAUACUCCUGUUAUUAAAUCAAUAAGAUAUGCUACCACUA